AUGGAUACUAAUGAAACCCAUACUUAUUCGGCAUUUGCAGAUCUUCUGGCAGAAUCUUCACGGGUUCUAUGCCUCGUCGGUGCUGGACUCAGCGCACCAUCUGGCCUAGCCACCUGGCGUGGAACAAACGGGCUAUGGAAUGAUAUCAAUCUGAAAGAACUUGCCUCGCCCAAAAAGUUUCGAGAAGAUCCAGUUACGGUGUGGAGCUUUUACGGCGAGCGUUUACUCGAGGCGUUGCAAGCGAGGCCAAAUGCUGCACAUCAUGCGUUGGCGGCGCUUGCUAAUUGGCAUCAAGGAUGGCUGACUAUUAAUCAGAACGUUGAUGGGCUUCUUAAGCAAACCGGUCAUCCCAUGUCAAGACUACUGAACAUUCACGGUACAUUAAGAGUUGUCCGAUGUACUACAUGCGAUUACUCUAUGAACGUCCAUAAGCCGGAAGACGUUCCAUUCCUGCUUUUACUAUCUAAUACUGAUCAUGAAGCGCGUCCAGUCGUGUUAUCUGAUCUUCCCCAUUGCCCCCAGUGUGCAAAUCUAUUGCGCCCAGGAGUUGUUUGGUUUGGCGAGAGACUUGCUGCUGGCGCGCCAGAUAGUGUUGAUGAGUGGAUGUCAGAAGAACAUAUUGAUUUAGUGAUUGCGGCUGGGACUAGCUUGCAAGUUUUCCCAGCUGCAGAGUGGGUAAGCACCGCGCGAGCGUAUGGAGCAUCUUUGGCUGUUAUCGAUGCGGGAUACUAUGGAAUAGUGGAUGAUUUCGAUGAAGGUGACUGGCUCUUCAAAGGUGAUAUCGGGUUUGUUCUUCCUCAAAUAGUCGAUAUUCUCAAUUCAUGA